AUGGAAUCAUACCACGGUCAUAUACGCACUCAAAUUGAUGCUAUUCUCCUCUUUGAGGCUUCCAGAAUGGGUUUCAUUCCUCGUAUCCGAAGAAGACUCUCAGAACGUGAACGUCUCCAAAUAUCCUCCGGGUCAAUUUAUAUUUGGGAUGAACAUGAGGCUUCCAUGAGAAGAUGGACUGACGGCAAGUCCUGGUCCGCUUCAAGAGUCUCUGGAUCUUUUUUAACUUAUCGUGAAAUGGAAGGUAGCCGCAAAACUACAGGAGACCCGAACCACUCUAAACGAUCCUCUCCCGGUGCUUCCCCAACACCUUCAGAUGACGCUUCCGAUGUCCCGGAAGAAGGCUACAGAUAUAAACAAGGCGGUCUUUUCAAGCAAAGUUUUUCAAUUACAACAUCAACCAAACUCAAAUUCCAUUUAAUUGCCUACUACACAAAAGAAGAUGUGGCUUCUGGGAAACUUAUCCAACCAUCUACUGACCCUCGCUUUAAAGAACUCCGAAUUCCUAAUGAAAUGUAUCCAGAUAAUUCAUCUUCAGGUUCAACAUUUGUCCCUGCAAUUACAACUGUUCCUUUAAGCUACUCAGCUGCAUACCAAGGAUACCCUCAUCUUCAUCAUCUUCAUCAUCUUCAUCAUCUUCAUCAUAUUCCACCACCUCCUCACAGUCAACAUCCCAUGGCCCAGAGACAUCCACAUCCUAUGUAUCCUGAAGAGUAUGCAGAAUAUGCAAAACGCCAUGAGCAACAUCAGCAGCAACAACAUCUUCACCACCAGCAGCAACAACAACAGCAACAGCAACAACAACAUCAACAUCAACAACAGCAACAAUCUCCUCACCAGUCAGGCCAACAACACCCAUCUUACUAUUCUCCUUAUCCAGGUUACUAUUAUCCUCCUCCACCUGCCGGGUACCCUUCCUAUCCAUACCGGUACCCAUAUAUGCCUCCGGACUCAUAUCCUUACCCUCCUGGGUCUUCUUCUAGAGGUUCCAACUCAUCAUCAUCAACAUCAUCCGAUGGAACUUCUUCUCCUCCUCCUUCUCAUAACCGUCUUCACCACCAUCAUCAAUCCCAUCAUUAUCCGUAUCCUCCACUUUCUCACCAUUCUUCUCCAAAUUACCUUCACUCUUAUCAUUCUCACCACUACUCAAUGUCUUCACCACCUAAUUCAGCAGCAGCUGCAGCAGCAACAGCAGCAACAGCUUCUUCUUCUUCGUCACCUUCUUCUUCAACUGUACCUUCAGCGACUUCAUAUGCAGAGAGCCUGCGCGGGCGCAGUGGCAGCUCUGCAAGUCUUUCAAGUUUACGUUCUGAUGAUGAGUCACAGCCUUCCAAUUCUACUAUAACAACUCUGCCUCCAUUAGCAACUUUGGCACGUGCCAGUGAGUCUCGUCAACGUAGCGUUUCACCUCCAGUGGGUCAUGAUGUUCAUUCUCGGCGCAGUAGCAACAGUGUUACGAGUCAAGGCCGUCCAUCUAUUCUUAAUUCCAGUAACAGCAGUAACGGCAACAGCAACAGCAACAGCAACAGCAACAUCAAUGGUAAUAUUAAUAUUGAUAAUAACAAUAAUGCUACCAAUUCAAAUGGCAAUAAUAACAGCACACAAAGCAUAUCAUCAAACUCAAAUAGCAAUAACUCUCAAGACACGGCACCGCUGGCGGCGCUGAGCGCUGCUGCUGCUUCGUGUUUGGCCAAGCCUUCUUCUUCUUCUUCUCCUUCUUCUGUGAGCAAUAGCGCCGAGAAGGAUCGGGUUCUUAGGUCAAUGUUGUCUGAUGAAAAGGCCAAGGAACCAUUAACCAUUGGCGCCUCGGCAAACUCUACUACGUCAACCCCCUUCUCCUCCACCUCUUCCUCCACCACCUCUUCAAAAUCUACAAAACCUUCAACAGAUGCCUUGCCUACUCCUCCACCAUCAACUCCAGGUUACUCUCCUAAACCUGCAUUAGCAUCUGCAAUUUUAUCCUCUGCUUCAAGACCAUCUGCUAUAAGCUCUGGUUCUUUGUCUCAGCAAUCGUCAGUCACCUCGGCCCCUUCGUCCCAGGUGUUGACGUCGCCCCAAUCCUCAAAUACUUCUACUUUGGCAGCACCAUCUUCUGCAGCUUCGUCAUCUCCAAGUGCUUCUACGACUCAUCCUACCACUUCUUCUUCUUCUUCAACAACAACAACAACAACAACAUCAACAUCAACAGUUGCAGGACUUUCACCUCAAGGUAAAAAUAAUAAGGCCAAGUGUUUACCUGAAGACAGACGAGCUUUGGGAAUGUUGGAUCGGGUAUUUAUUUAA